UUUGCCCGUACGAGCUCCUCCGCAGCGGCCUCCUCUCAGUCCUCAGAGGCGCAGCCGCGCAACGCUGCCGGCGUCAAGCCGGAGUCCGCCCGCUUCUCCGUAUCGUCUGCCGCACUGCGACAGCGGCUCCCGGUUAAUUUUAUCCACGCUGAUUUGUGCUGAUUCGAGAGCAGGGGUCGGCACAGUCGCGCGGAGGAUUGGGGCCGCUGCUGUACUGGUCGCCGGGGCUCCUGUCGACGAAUCGCUCCUCCGCCAAUCCCUCGCUCGGGUGUAGGCAUCACCGGGGCUUUGCCUUUGCGCAGCCCCAAUCCGGGCGUCACUUGGGGGGAAAGUGGGUCUCCAACUCUCCAUGCGCCAUCACAUCAGCCGCGGAAUCCACAUAUCUAAAAAGAGGUUUGCAGAUGUCAAAUUUGUAUGCUCGAUGAUGUGCGAUGUAGAAAAAAUGGACUGAAGGUAGUAACCCAUCUGCAUAGACCAAAGAAGAAAGGUUUGGGUUUCUACACGCCAAUAUAAAGGAGGAGCAUCACAGUCUGUUGAUGUUCAAGUCAUUCUCCAAAAUGUGAAUAGAUGCUGCACACGCUGCAACAAAACCAUUGGCAUAUGUAAGAUGAUAAGGCUUUGCCAUCGGAACUUCAAAAUAUCUUCACUUCCACUUAUGUUGGUGGAGGAACAGUGAAGCCUCCGAAGCUAUAUAAACAACCUGAUGUUCAACUUUCUACAAGCAGAGAGAUGGACCAGUUGGAUAUGCAUUUUGUGCUUGCCUCCCACAGCCCCUGCUUAGCCUCUUUUCCCAUCAUUCAACACUUGUAAAUGGAGUAUGCUAAUUUACGACGCCAAGCAGCAUCCUUGAAAAGGAGCCUCUUUGAUCAGGGGUAUUUGGAUGAGCAAUUUUGCCAGGUUGAGGACUUGCAGGAUGAAGCAAGCCCCAAUUUUGCAGAAGAAGUGGUCUCCUUGUUCUUCAAGGACUCAGCGAGGCUAGUGACAAACAUUGAGCAAGCUAUGGAGAAGUAUCCCAAAGAUUUCAAUAGAUGGGAUGCACACAUGCAGCAGCUUAGAGGCAGCUGUUUUAGCAUCGGCGCUUCUAAGAUGAACAAUGAGUGCACAUCUUUCAGGAACAGCUGUGGAGAAGAAAAUGCUGAAGGUUGCAGGAGAACUUUCCAGAAAGUGAAGAGGGAGCAUGCUAUUCUGAGGCAGAAGCUGGAGUCCUACUUCCAGCUGCUGCGACAAGCCGGUCCUGCCAGGACCGCGACCAGGCCUGGAAGCAUGUAAGGCGCUGGCCGCUGGCGCUUUACAGGGAGGUGAACCACUAUAUCUCUAUACGGGAUCGUUGCAGAGAAAGAAGACCCAGGAGCAGGAGACAUGCCUGGUACUGCCAUGGGUGCUAGCUAGUUUAUUAAUGCCUGAAAGAUUAUAAUGAUCAUAAAAAAGUAUCAUACUGUACUAUAAUCAUAAGGGCGCCAUGUUGGUGUCCUGUUGGAUAAUAGUCUGAUAUAGUCGUGUCAUGUCAUGUCCGCGCUUAUGUACGAUAAAUAACACGAACCGAGCUUGCAA